CUGUCGUCUCAUCCGAGCACCAUCAGGAUCAUUACCACUUCCAUAGCUUCCUCCAUUCUCUGAGAUUAACAACAACCAUCUAAACACCAUCGAAAUAACAUCACCGAUCAUCACCAUCUCCCUGAAUCACCGACAACAGCAGCGACUCAGUUAUAGCUCAUCAUCACGAUAACCACAGCUUCAACUCCUCACUGUCACUGGCAGCUGCAACCAUCAAUCACCAUUAUCACUGUUUUGCUUAAACUACGGUCUAUUAGAUACAUACUCAAUUAAAUCCGAUUGAAGAAUCGACAGUGAAAUAGACAAUGAAUUACGUUCUGAUUUUUCAAAAACAACAAAUCCUAAAUACCUUCCUUACCCAGAAAACCCAAUUAUUAAACAGGAUUUUGGGUGAUUUAACGACACCUACAGAUUUAAGAGUGAAUUCAUUUGCCGAAAGAGUUUCCAAUUCAGUCAAACCCUAACUCAAACCUUCCCAAAUCACCAUUAAGACCUUCCUGGUUUCAUCAGUUUCUCCAAAUCGAUCUCCCAUCUCUUAAUUCCUCUUUUUGCAUCUCGCUUUACGAAGAAGGGAAAAAAAAUCUCGGAAAAACAAAAUUUUAGAAAAUCUGGACGUGGGAGACAUUUUCACCGAGAAUACAGGUGCGAGAGUGAACUUUUCUGACGGCGGAUUUGACGGCGGAAAAAAUCUAAAAAAUGGAUGUGGCGAUUCCUGAAGAAGAUGAGGUUAUAAGAAAAGAAAAAGGAGGACAAGAAGAAAAUAAAGAAUGGUGGAAACAGGGAUUGGAAGUGGUGGUGGCUCGAUGGACAUUGUUCGCUUCACUGCACAAGUUCUUCGGGGCAGAUGGUUCAUGCUUUUUGCCUCCGUCCUUCUCAUGGGUUGUGCAGGUGGGACUUAUGUUUUCGGUAUCUACUCCAAAGCAAUUAAGAGAACUCUCGGGUACGACCAGACAACACUUAACUUGAUUGGUUUCUUCAAAGACCUUGGAACUACGGUUGGGAUUUUCUCUGGUCUUAUAGCUGAAGUGACUCCAAACUGGUUUGUUCUACUUGUGGGUGCAUCCUUGAACUUUGUUGGAUACUUUAUGGUGUGGAUUAGUGUAAGCGGCCGUAUUUCGAAACCCGAAAUUUGGCAGAUGUGCCUGUAUAUUUGCAUUGGUGCUAAUUCUCAGAAUUUUACCCUCACAAGUGUUAUGGUCACAUCUGUAAAGAACUUUCCAGGCAACAGAGGAACCCUAUUGGGUCUUCUAAAGGGAUUCACUGGCCUAAGUGGAGCCGUCAUGACACAACUUUACCUUGCUAUCUACGGUAACAACUCUACAUCUCUAAUCCUCUUCAUUGCAUGGUUUCCUGCUAUUAUAUCUAUCUUCUUUGUCUAUGCAAUCCGUUUGAUUAAAGUCGUUGGGCAGUCAAAUGUCGAAAGGAGAGUUAUUUACAAGUAUCUCUUGAUAUCUACCGUACUAGCUCUAUUCAUAAUGGGUAUAACCAUAACUCAGAAACAAAAGACCUUCUCCCACGCCGGAUAUGUUAUAACUUCAACCGUUGUAUGUAUCUUACUCUUUAUUCCUCUAGCUGUAUCAAUCAAAGAAGAGCUUGUACUCUGGAAUCUAAUGAUACAAAACCUUAAGCCACCAAAUAUUUUAACUGUUGAAACCCCAUCUCUUGUGGACCCGAUUCCUCUUUCAUCGACUACAAGACAACUAGUAAAAGAAGAGAACCCAAAACCGACGGUUUCAUGUUUUUCGGAUGUUUUAAAUCCUCCGGAGAGGGGAGAAGAUUAUACCAUUUUGCAGGCAGUACUGAGCAUUGACAUGUUAUUGCUCAUCAUCGGUUCAUUCUGUGGACUCGGCACCAGUCUCACAGCGAUAGACAAUUUGGGUCAAAUUGGUGAAUCUCUUGGCUACCCAACACUUACCAUAAGCACUUUUAUAUCACUCAUGAGUAUUUGGAACUAUUUCGGAAGAGUUUGUGUCGGGUUGAUCUCUGAAAUCCUCCUUACAAAAUGGAGAUUUCCCAGAACUCUAGUGACGACAAUUGUCCUUCUUGUUUCUUGUAUCGGUCACAUUCUUAUCGCCUUUCCAAUGCCUGGUUCUAUCUACCUUGCUUCAGUGAUCAUUGGCUUUUGUUAUGGUGCACAAGUAACACUAAUCUACACAAUCUUAUCUGAACUCUUUGGGCUCAAAUAUUACUCGACAUUGUAUAACUGUGGGACGCUAGCAAUGCCUCUUGGUUCCUAUGUGUUCAACGUAAGAGUUGCGGGUUUCCUUUACGACAAAGAGGCUUUGAAGCAUUUGGAGGUUAUGGGACUUGGCAGGGAUUCAGUGAAGGAAUUGACAUGUAUUGGAAAACACUGUUACAGGUUAUGUUUUAUUAUAUUAGCAGCAGCAACAUUUAUUGGAGCUUUAAGUUCCUUCGUUUUGUUUAUUAGGACAAGAAAAUUUUACCAAGGAGAUAUUUAUAAAAAGUUUAGACAGGAGACAACCCUGGCCAACACAGAAGUCGAAGCUACCGAACUGGUUUCACCAACGGACUCUGAUAUCAAACGAAAGGUAUCGGAUAUGUGAGCAACGGGCGUGAGAUUCCGGCCAACAGCUCUCUCAUCAUUUUAUGUUUUCUAAUUAAUUGUGAGUUAAAGUUCGAUAUCUUAACGUGUAAUUCCAUCUGUAUACUCCACUGACUCUAGACUCUAGAGAGUGGUCUCAUGAGAAUCAAAGGUAAAUAUAAUCCCCUUGUGAUUGU